AUGAAAAUUGUAACAAAAAAUAACACUCUAGUAAUUACUAAAACCCUAUUAAAAGUAAACAAAAAAUAUUAUUCAAAUAAAAUAAGUAUUCCAAAAAGAUGGAAUAACGAUAUUUCUUUAAAUAAUAAUGAUUUUAAAAAAUAUAGCUAUAAUAUUAAAAAAGAUAAUUAUAUUAACAAAGAAGAGAAUAAAAAAAUUGAGGGUAUUAGUAAUUUAAAUGAAUUAGUAGACAAAAAUGAUAAAAUUGAAUGGAAAACUACAACAGAAGAAAAUCCAGAUAACUCCUUAAAAAAAAGAAAAAGAAAUAUAAUUAAAUAUAAUAGAGAUAUGCUUUUGAAAAAUAUUGAAAAGACAACCUUAUCAAAAUUAUAUUUACAUAUUGAAGAACUGAAUUAUGAAAGUAUAUUUAAAUACAAAAACAUAAAAAAUAUUAUAACAAUUAAGAAUAAAAUAGAAAUAUUAAAAUAUUUAAAUAGUUCCUUGUUAGGCAGUAACAAAGGAAAAUAUUAUAUAUUAAAAGUAUUGAUGUUCACCAUUGUUUCAGACAUAAAUAAUUAUAAAAUAAAUGAAUUAAUAUAUAUAUUAUAUAUUUAUAAAAAUAAUAAUAUGUUAAAUCCUUUUUUAAUAUUACACAUAACAAACAAAAUAUUUGAUGAUACAUAUAUAAAGAAUAUGAAUAUUAAUGAAUUUGUUCUCAUAAUAGAUAUUUUAAAUGUACCACUUCUUAUUAUGAAAAAAUUCGAAAAAAACGUAAAUUAUUUUAUAAAUAUAAAUAUAAAGAAAUUCAAAUUCAUGGAUUACUUUGCUAUAAGUUACUUUUUAGCAAAAAAUAAUUUAUAUAACGAAACUAUAAUGAACUUUGUUUCACAUUUUUAUGCAAAUUAUGCAAAUAUAUUAUUAUAUUUCAUUCUAAAUAAGAAAAAUAAAAAUUUGAUUAGUGAUAAAAACAGUGAUAAAGCAAAUUUAAUGAUUAAAAAAUCACAAGAGUUGAAAUAUGGUAAUAAAAUGAAAAAUAUAACAGAACUAUUAGAAAAUAAAAAACAUAAUAAAGAUAUCUCAAGUAUGAUAAAAGAUAAUAAAAGAGAGAUUCUAUAUAAUUUUUUUUGUAAAGAUAGUAAUGUACUUUGUUUUACAAAACAAAUUCAUAAGCAUUUAUUUGUUUUGUCAAAAUAUGGGUAUAAAAAUGUUCACAUAUAUUAUAGUAUAUUAAAAAUUAUAACUCUAAGAAGUAAUUAUUUUAAGCCAUUUGAAAUAAGUUCUAUUUUAAAAUCAUUAAAAAAUUUGAACUACUUUAAUAGUUUCUUAUUUAAAAAUUUAAUAGACAAUAUAAAAAAAAAUUUAAGUCAAUAUAAAACUAAUGUAUUAUUAGAUUGCUUAAAUGUUUUAUCUUUUUUUAAUUUUAAUGAUAAUUCUCUAAUAACAAAAAUUUUAAUAUCAUUACCCAGAACUAUAUCAACAUAUACAUCAAAUGAUUUUCUUAAAUUGCUAUUUUUUAUGAACAACUUUAUUCCCUUUUCGAAAUACUUUAGAAUUUUUUUAAAUCAGAAAAUUUUAUAUUUCUCUUCAAGUCUUAGCUUGUAUCAUCUAAUUUGUUUAUUAAAAAUUUUCACUCAUCAGAAUUUAAUUAGCAAACCAAUUUUCUAUUUAUUAAAAAUAAAGAUAAAAAAAUUUCUUUCAUCUGAUUAUAAUCAUAAUAGUAUAAAGUAUGAUUUUAUGAAAGAAAACUUAAAAUAUACAAAAAAUUACACGUUAUAUAACAUAAGUUUAAAGAAUUUAUAUGAUAUCAUUCAUAUAAUGAACUCUAUGUCUAUUCAAGAUGAAGAAUUGGCUUAUACAUGUCUAAAAAGUAUGUUUAUUAUUCAAAGUAAAAGUGAAAAAUUAGAGAUAGACGAACUAAAAUAUAUGAUAUAUUCAUGUUGUUAUUUCAUAUUAGUAAACAAUAAUUAUGAUAGUUUUUUAACAAGCGCACUAUAUCUAAAUAUACAACGAUUUUUUUUUUGUUUUGAUCCAUAUUUGAUAAAAUUUGAUAAAAAUAUUCAAAGAAAAGAGAAUUCCAGAAAUACAUAUAAAAAUGGUACUGUUUAUCUUAAUAAAAAAGAACAUUUUUUAAUUUCUUUAAAUAAUGAAAAAUUAAAAAAAAAAAAAAAUAUUGACCAUGAAUUUAUAUAUGAUAAAAAUUUGGAGAAAAUAAGGGACUUACAAAUUGAGACAGAUUUAUAUAUAACAAUCAUACUAACAUUUAUUACUGAAUUCGUAUAUCAUUAUUAUUAUUUAAGAAAGGAAAUAGUAAAUUUUUAUAAUUUCGAUAUUAAAUAUAUAAGGGAUAUUUUCAAAAGAGUUGAAAAAAUAGAAAAAAAAGAAAGUAAUAAUAAUUGUAUUCUUAAAAAGUUUUUUCCUAUAAUAUAUUCUACAUAUGUAAGUAAUUUGCUUUUAAAAAAAAAUCCAGCAAAUAAAUAUUAUAUAUCUACUUAUUUUUUGGAAGUUUUUCAAAAAAACAAUGAUUUUAUGGAAAGUGAACAUAUUAAAAGAGAAAUGAUUUAUCAUCAAAAUUCACUAAGAGAAAUAUAUGAAAUACUAAAGAGCAUAAAACAAAGAUAUUACUUUUUUAAAUUUAUUGAUAUGACAAAAAAAAACUCAGUUUUUCUAUAUAUUCACUAUAUUUUUGUAAAAAACAUUAAAGAUAAAAGUAAAAUGGCGAUAUUAUUUGGAACAAAAAAUUAUUAUUAUACUACAAUAAAUAAAUUGCAAACUGACUUAAAUUCAAGUGACCCAUCAACCAUAUUUGAUACAAAAUUUCUAACUAAAUCAGCUAUAGCGCAGUUACAAUAUUUCAAAAUAUUUUUUAAUAAUGUGUAUUUAAUACCCUUCAAAUUAUGGCAAGAUAUGAGCUUUAAGGAAAAAAAACAAUUUUUUGUAAAUUUACUUAAUCUAUGA